GUACGCAUUGUUAUUGUGUGUGUCAUAUUUCACAAAAUUAGAUCAGCAAAUUAAACAAAUUGCUGCGAUUAGAUGUUGACAUAGUUUUUUUCCCUUUAACUUCCUAUCAAAAAUUUACCACGUUCCCAAAAAUGUGAAUAAAUUUUGCCAUUCAAAAAGUUUGUAAAGAAUGUUUUGUGGCAAGCACAAUGCCCGUGAAGGGCCAGUGAUUCAAUUUUUGAAUGUAAAACCAAACGAUCAAUUCACGUAUUCGAUUGUUUUAAUUCGUGGCCAAAUUAUCAAUUAUAAUCAUCGCAUGGGUGUGACUCAUCUGCAAAUUGACAAUGAAAAUAUAACGAGCUGCAUUGAAAGUGCCGAAAUUACGACUGACGGCAAGUUCAAAGUAGCCGUUGAACUGGCGCCUGGAAUGAAUCAUCUCACAUUUCAAUUUUGUUGUGUUACAAAUGCAAUCGCAUUGGUUUUCAAUCAACGUAAAAAUCCACACUAUUUGUUGCGUAUUUUUUAUAUCAUUUGUCAAAAUCAUGAUGGUCAUUUUCAAACAAAAAACAAUGCAGACAAUUCAAUCGAAUGUGCAUGUGAAAAAAUCAAUUUGGCCAUUCGAAUGGUGCAAUGUUUGUACGCCGAAAUGAUGACCAAAAAUGGAUUCGCACGUAAAACAUUCGAAUUUGUCAAAUGUGUACCGUUCUACAGUAGUUUAUCGAUUGCAGAGGCAAGACAAUGGGAUCAAAAUCAAUUGUGGAAACAUCAUGCCAAAGAGAUUCUAGCACAAGAGAACGACACCCAACAUCGGUACAAGUAUUUCGGCAUAUUGGCCAGUACAUUGUGUGAAAAUGGUACGAUUAAAGGGAAUACAGCUCUCGGUUGCGGAGAUGUGGCACUUUUUGGCAGUGGCACAAUGCAUGCAUGGCCAAUGAAAUUCGCUGAAAUUCAACGAUGUUUUCAAGAUGAUACACUUGUCGACGGUAAACUGUUGAUGAAUGAUAGCAAUGGACGGAAUUCCAUUGGUGGUUGUUAUGCUACUGCAUUGGGUUCAUUGACCCAUGAAAUUGGUCAUAUUUUCGACUUGGGACAUUCACGCGACGGUGUUAUGGGCAACGAUAUUGAUUAUGUAAAUCGCAUGUUUACGAUAGAAAAAAAUCCACGUGAUUUACCACGGCGACAGAUAUCAAAGUGUUCAAAUAAUUUGAAACAAGACAUCAGCACGGGCGGCAUAACAAACAAUCGACGUUUAACUACAAUAAAAAAAAGCAAUCCAAUUCUAGCCAAUUAUCACUGUCGACGUAAUGACGAUUUAACAUUUCUAACCGAAAAUUGUGCCAUCAUGUUAAAUGCCCACAAAUGGUUUAAUCAAACUGAUGAAACGGAAACAUCAUCGUCAAGCAUUCAAUAUGAUAGCAAACGAAAGAUAAUCGAAUCGAUGUUGCCAUUGGCAUUGGUUGAAAUACGGUCCAAAGAAAGCGGAAUGUGCAUGCAAUACUAUCGAUUUGAUGUUUGCUCUGCCACCUCCGCUGCCGUCGCUGACCCAUUCAAUUUUACAAUUGCCGGCAAUGUAAUUGAACAAAAUUAUGAUUUGAUUGCCAUAGAUAAAAAUGGUCAUAUUAUGAAAUGGAGCUCAUAAUGAGUGCUAGACAUUCGAUUGUACGCUAGAUUAGAUGUGUGAUGACAAAAUAACGACUCAUAAAAUGUGUCUCAUAAGCGAUUUGGAUAACGAAAUAUCAAUUAUUAGUUUCAUGGUUUAAGUGUCAGACAAUCAUUUGCUUUUCCUUGGUGUACAUUAGAAUCGAGGUGCAUAACAAUUGGAUUGGUCACUUUUUCCCUUUUUCUCUCUGUCUCGAUUCGCCUACCUAGUCGACAUCAUCAUAAAUGUUUUACGAUACGUCUAUCUCGUCGGUGAUAAGUCUUUUAUCUUUAACUUUCUAACACUAAAAAACUCAUCAUUUUGACACGAUUUGACAUUAAGGUGGUAGUGAUAAACAAAGAUACUAAAAAGCAUAGAUAAAAGUUUACAUUUUUUUUCACACAAGUAUAUACGCACGCUCCCACAUUACAAUAACCAAAGACAUUUGUUUUUGAUCGGCUUAUUGCAGUGAAUUC